AUGUAUCGAGACAAUAACAGCACGGCCUCGGAUGCUUCGAGCCCCGAGUCGACGACGGCACAAUCCUGGGUAUUCCAUCAUUUCCACGAGGAUCAAUCAUACAGCAUUUCACCGCUUACCGCAUGCGACAAUGCAGUACCGAACGAGGUUCUGCCGGCGUAUGCGUGGCCUUCACAGGAUAAUACCAGCUACGUCUGCCGGACUCUUGGUGUUUCAAAAGAAAUGCUGUUUACACUAACACGGACCUAUUUUGAAAAGGUGACCUUUCUGUCCCUCUUUCAUAGACCAACGUUUGACGCGAUGGUCUAUAAUAAGAUACAGCAGGGUCCAUCCUCGGCUGUUCUUGCUGCAGUAUGUGCUAUCGCUGCACAUUAUGUGGAAGAUCAGCCUGCGCUGCGUCUCUUAAUCAACUCUCGAUAUCCUAACAUCACGCAUGCUCCCGAUUAUUUCUACAAGCUGGCAUGCACAAUCACAAAUGAGCAGCUGGAGCAAUGUGGUGACGGCAAACCUCCACUCGUACUCCUUCAAGCACUCAUUCUGAUUACGUUCUACGAGAUGAUCAUUAGUGCUAGAGGAAGAGCGUGGAGGUCCCUCGGCACCUGCGUCCGCAUCGCACACGAGAUAGAGCUGCAUCUGACAGACUCGUCGCUGCAAGGAAAGUCACUGCUGGAGCAGAAAGCCUUGGCGGAGUCUUGGUCACGCAAAGAGGAGCAACGAAGAGCCUGGUGGCUGCUAUGGGAGCUUGACGUCUUCGUUUCGACCGUUCGUAGACGCCCAGCGUCCAUACACGAUGGAGAACAUGCUGUCCUCCUCCCAGUGAGCGAAAGAUCCUGGUUUGAAGGACACUAUCAACCGAGCUGUUUCUUGGACCCUGAUCCGCUUCAUCGAACUCGAAAGCUACUCGAAUGUGGAAACGCUCACGGAAAGGCUUGGUACAUUAUCGUCAACUCUCUGGUUCGCGAUGCACACACGACUGCUAAUCCGACCUCACAUUGCGAUCGCGGACUUCCAAGGCCGGACGUUUCCCCUCUACUGGAUAACGGCUGUGGUAAUCCCGUGGAUGAGCGGAAACUCGCAGUUCUGGAUGAUUUUAUUUUAUACUUCAAAACCAUGAUUCCGAAGGAGCUUCUGUAUCAAGGCGACUACUUAUCGUUUUCCAUCUCUGGCGACUCAUACAGCGGACCUACGGCGAUCGAAGACUGCGACAAACAACUGAUUCACGCCAUGACUCACCUGGGCAGACUGAUGAUCUUGCAUCACUACUGCAUCAGAAACACCGGACCUUCGGUCCUCAAAGGCAAGAAACUUUUGGAUUAUCUGUCACUCCGUGAACCUUCGGCAACGCAGAAGCUUCGAGCUAUUCUGGGCUUCGCGGAUGAUCAAACCGCCUGGGACAGAUAUCUCGGAGCUGCGGAGGAGAUCAUGCGCGUCGUUCGAAACGCGUCGCCGAACCACAUCAGAUACGGCCAUCCGCUCCUUGCGUGUACUUUCUGGAUCGUUGCGGCCACUCAAUUAUUCAAGAAGGCGUUCGCCCAAGAUGAGGCGGAACGAGAGCUGGCUCAGUCCAACUUCGACCUUCUGCGGCUUACUCUUGAUCACAGCCACCAAUUCUGGAAGACUUCCGAGUUGAUGGUCAAAAACAUAGACACCCUAGCUUCGCGGCUUGGUGAGCUGAGUGCGAGGUUGGCUGAAUCUCGAAGCGGUGGGCCGGAUGCUCUUUCCCUUAACGAGGCGGGCCUUUCCAGCCUCAGCGCAAGCUCUUUCGAUGGCCUGAAUGGUAUUGUACAAGGCAGUGCUGAGCGAAAUGACAGCACUUCUGCUGCAACCAAGACCGGUCUGGGGAACGUGCCUAUGGCAGACGACAUUGACUACACCCAAACAUGCGCCAGUCAAAUAACGUUCGACACCUCCGUCUCGGCCGACAAACCCACUGAGAGUGAACUACAGGCCUUUAUGUAUGAUUUCUGUGGAGACAAUUGGGAUUUUUGGGGUCAAGAUCUCGCCGACUUGUUCCCUUCUGGAUGCCCUGAGACAUAA